AGCCAUCAGCUAGGUUGUGAUUCUUAUACUUGGAUUUAGGAUAACCUGGGACCGCACAGGCGCGUCCGUGUAGGCAGAGCAACCAAAAGCCAAACGCCCGCGAACGGGUGCUGCCCUUUCACUUGCCUUUUACCAGAGCAAAACUUUGUUAGAAAACGAGUUGCUUGUGAUCACAAGGCGCUCUGCGCGCAGCGCCCACCCUUCCCCGCCGCUGAGCCGGCCUGAUUUGAAGAGGAGGAGCCAUGGGUAUCCUAGAAAAGAUUAAGGAGAUCGAGGCGGAGAUGGCCCGGACGCAGAAGAACAAGGCCACCGAGUACCACCUGGGCCAGCUCAAGGCGCGGCUGGCCAAGCUGAGGACGGAGCUGCAGGCGCCAGCCACAAAGGGCGGCAGCGGCGAGGCGGGCUUUGAGGUGCAGAAGUACGGCGACGGCCGCGUGGCGCUCAUUGGUUUCCCCUCCGUGGGUAAGUCCUCGCUGCUGACGGAGCUGACGGGCACGGAGAGCGAGGCGGCGGCCUACGAGUUCACCACGCUCACCUGCAUCCCCGGCGUCAUCCACUACAACGACUCCAAGAUCCAGCUGCUGGACCUGCCGGGCAUCAUCGAGGGAGCCGCGGAGGGCAAGGGCCGCGGUCGCCAGGUCAUUGCGGUGUGCAAGUCCGCGGACCUGCUGCUCAUGGUGCUGGACGCCACCAAGCCCCUCUACCACAAGCAGAUCCUGACACGCGAGCUGGAGGCGGUGGGCAUCCGGCUCAACCGCGCGCCACCCAACAUCUACUUCAAGAAGCGCAAGACCGGCGGCAUCAGCAUCAACAGCACCGUGCCGCUCACGCACAUGGACGACAAGCUCAUCCAGCGGGUGCUGCAGGAGUACAAGAUGCACAACGCCGAGCUGCUGUUCAAGGAGGACUGCACCGUGGACGACCUCAUCGACGUCAUCGAGGGCAACCGGCGCUACAUCAAGUGCCUGUACGUGUACAACAAGGUGGACAUGUGCAGCAUGGAGGAGGUGGACGAGAUGGCGCGCUGGCCCAACUCCAUCCCCAUCUCCUGCUCCAUGAAGCUCAACAUGGACGGACUGCUGGAGCGCAUCUGGGAGAUGAUGGCGCUGGUGCGCGUGUACACCAAGAAGGUGGGCGCCAAGCCCGACUUUGCGGAGCCGGUGGUGCUGACCACGGACCGCGGCGGCACCUCGCUGGAGGCGCUGUGCCGCCAGAUCCACAACAGCAUGGUGGGGCAGUUCAAGUACGCGCUGGUGUGGGGCGUCAGCAGCAAGCACUACCCGCAGCGCUGCGGCCUCAGCCACGGGCUGGAGGACGAGGACGUGGUGCAGAUCGUGAAGAAGAAGGUCAACACGGGCGAGGACGGCCGCGGGCGGUUCAAGACCACCAGCGACAAGCCGCUGCGGAUAGCGGACCGCGAGAAGAAGCCGGCGCUCAAGACGUAGAGGGAGGGCGCGGCUGGGAUGGGCAGGCGGGCGAGGGGAAGGGGGAGGGGCGGUGGUGGACUGGAGGUAGGACUGGAGGUAGGGGAGGAGGUAGGGCAGGUGGUAGCGGCGGUAGGGGAGGCAGGAGCGCUGGGUGGAGGUGGAGCGCUGGCACUGGCGCAGGCGGGGGCUUUUGAGGGUCAGAUCCAGGGGCGCAGGCGGCGGCAUUCUGAUUUGCGUGUCGGCACAGCGUGUUCCCUUGAAUGCAGUCAGGGAGAGGCAAGGCUUGACGUGGAUUGAGUGAUUCGGUUAUGCGGACAGUCACGCGGAAACGCCGGUGUAGCGCCGAGCCGGGGGACACGAGGCGCCGAGCCGGGGGUGCGGGGCGCCAGUCCAGAGCGUUGGGGCCAUCGUCGAUCGCGGAUGAGACACCGGGUAUGCCCGCACGCCAAACAUU